CGCCACGCCUCUCUGGGCGCCCAGCAUGGCCUCCUGCGCACCCUCGGCGUCCUGCGCCGCCGCACGCUCCGCAUACGUCGCCUUUCCCGGCGCGCCCUACACGCACGCGCGCGCCCUCGCCGCCGCGCGCCGCGUCCUCGGCGGCGCCGGCUGGGCCGUCGUCGACGGGCUGGGCAGCAGCAGCGACAGCGACAGCAGCGACAGCAGCAGCAGCAGCAGCAGCAACGGGGCGACUCUGCCUGGCGACUCCUCCCCGCAGGCACCGCAAGGGCACGCCCUCUACUUUGCCGACUACGACGUGCUGCCCUUCUCCUCGCUGCUGGGCUCCGCAACGCAGGCGCAGUGCAGCAGCUAUGUGAUCCGCAAGGCGCUCAUCCGCAAGCACCACCUGGCGCACGCGCUGCAUGCCCAUGCCCUCAAGACGCACGCUGCCUCGCGCGAGGGCAGCAGCCUGCUGGACCCGCGCAGCCUCACGCCAAAGACGUGGAUUGUCGAGCUGCAGUUCGCAGACGAGCUCGACGAACUGCUGCUCGACGAGCUGUACGAUCUCAAGGCCGCGCUCGACGCCGCCGCGAGCGCGAGCGAGGGCGAGGCAGAGCAGGCGGCAGAGCAGACAUGGUACAUUCUCAAGCCGGGCAUGGCGGACCGAGGCCAUGGCAUCCGCCUCUUUCACGACGAGGCAGGGCUCAGGGCCAUCUUGGAGGACAUGGAGGAGGAGGAGAGCGAGAGCGAGCAAGAGUCGGACGGCGAGGAGAAGGAGGAGGAGAAGGAGAAGGCAAAUAAGGAAGAGCAGGGCGAUGGCGGCAUGCUGGGCCAGCUGCGGCACUUCGUCAUUCAGGAGUAUCUCUCUCGUCCUCUGCUCCUCUCUCCCUCUGCCUCUCCCUCUGCCUCCGCCUCCGCCUUCUCGCCGCGCAAGUUCCAUCUGCGCGCCUACGUGCUCUGCGUCGGCGGGCUGCGCGUGUAUCUCUACGACUCGCUCCUCGCCCUCUUUGCGCCGCUGCCCUAUGCCUCUCCGCAAGCAGGCGAGGCAGCUGGCGAGCCAGAUCCUCGGGUGCAUCUCAGCAACACGUGUCUCCACGCCGAUGGCAGCUCCACUGCCUCCGGCCGACCAGCAGAGGAGAAUGUGCAUCUCUUCUCCGACCUCAUCGGCUCGCCCAUGCUCUCCUCCUCCUCCUCCUCGGAACAAGCCAUCUUCACGCAGCAGCAGCACGACGCCUGCGUCGCCCAUGUGGCACACACCCUCGGCGCCGUCUUUGAGGCGGCGGCACGCGCAAACAGCGUGCAUUGGCAGACGUGGCCCAAUGCGUGGGAGGUGUUCGGCGUCGAUCUGCUGCUUGGGUGGGAGGACCAGGCACAGGCGGCGGACGAGGCGCAAGAGCCGAGACUGCGCAGUUAUUUGCUGGAAGUGAAUGCGCAACCGGACUUUGCGCAGUCGGGCGCGAAACUACAAGGCGUCGUCGAGCAGCUCUUCGUACGCGCCCUGCAGCUGGCCGUGCUCGCUGCGCCGCAGCACACGCCGGCUUCUUCCUCUCAGCCCGCAAGCGCAAGCGCAAGCGCCGUCGACGUCGACACCGACGCCGCGCCUGCGCCUGCGCCGCCUGCCGCUGAAGGAGCAGACGGCGCAGCAGCGCGAGCACCAGCCGCAGACUCGGCCUCGGCCCGCGCGGCAGCAGCGCCGUGGCCGCUCUUCGAGACGCGCGACGGCAUGCGGCUGUGUCUGGAUGCGCAGCUUAGCAAGGCCUGGUAGAAUUUCAAUGCAAGGGGUAUAAUUGGC